CGUGAUCACGUGUUCCACCUGCGGUUUCUCAAUUUCCAUUCUCAGCCUCGACUGUAUUGAUAUAUCUGCGAAGGGCGACAGGAGCACCUCACCAGGUGCCAAUAUCCUAAAACACCAGAUUGUCCCAUGCUAAACUCCAUUAACUGGUAGGGAUAACUUCAGUUUCUUGUCCAUACCCAUUAAAUCCAACGAAAAACGCGAAAAUAUCUCGAAUACACAUUCGACAAAGCAAUGUUCCAAAAUAUCCCACUGUCAAUCAGCCGUAAACGAGUAUUUGAUUCCGUCUUUCCUCCGGCUCCAUUAAGCAACAUAUCUCCGACCCCAGUAUCAAGUCCCGUCCAGGGUUUUACACGACCUGGGGAAACUUUCGACAUCGGGUAUAAGCAAGGCGCUCGCCGAUCUUCAGAACCAGAAUACGUGCCAGAACAGGUUACUUGGGAUCGAGCAUGGCAUACUGCAACUUCAUUUCUGUCAAUUCCUGAUGAGGGCUUCAGAAACAAUGGAGCUGGAGAUGAUGACGAGACACGAGAUGAGGAGACAUUGUUAAGACGGUGGGCAAAAGGACCUCCGUCCCAACUGGUGUCCGACAGUCUGUUUUACGUCGGGGCGGAUUCUUCCCCCGGCAGAGCUUUACGACAGGCCUCAGAGGAGGAAGACGUGAAGGAAUGGUAUCUGACUGAGAUGCGAAGGCACUUCCUAACAAAUUUCCGGGAUUUUCUCGUUGCGGGAUUAAAAGUUAGAAAUCAGCCUGAUACCUUAUUAAAACUGGUCCGGUACCUAAGAUUAAUAAAAACCGUUUACUUCACCCCUUUUCUCCUAUAUUUAUCCCCACUGAUAAAUCCUGCAAACCAAGAGCAAAAUUUCUCUCGUCUACAAAGGAACUUCCAUACUAUCGUCACAUUUGCGCUCCCUCCCGGCGACAUUUCAUAUCUACUCUCUGAGGAGCUUGCUACACAGAGCUUAUUUAUACUAGGGGUCCAUAACGAAGAAGACGAAGUAUUUAGCCUUGAAGAUGACAAUACGGCCGGGGAUGGAAUGGAAAUCGACCAAAUAUUCACCACUUCGUAUGCGCAUUGGAAAAACGAACCAUCACCUGAACGAAGACUGCAGAUGAUUAGUGGCGAAACGGAGGAAGUUACGCGGACCAGGAGUCAGUUGUUGCAUCUAUUGGAGGGACUUCAGGAGGUUGGGCUUGGGGCUAGUAAUGGCCAAAAGAUAUUUGCGGGUGUGAUGAACAAUAUGUUAACUGAAUUCGUUACAUCUGCCUAUGCGGGUCAAUGGGAAUCGCCAUCUCUUGUCAAAGAACAUUUGCGACAGUGGAUCGAGAAUGUGUUUGCGCGGUUGGUAGUUCAGAUUUUACACAUCUUCAAAACUAACGACGUUGAAGGCGGUGUUCUUGAGGAACGACUGGAUGUCACGCUAGGAGAUGUCGAGAGGUGGCAAGAAAUGGGGAUUGCACGACUAGGCGCCCUUCGGAUCAGUGAGCUCUUCGAUGUCAUUAUCGAGUGGGAUUCGAGCAGCGGCGCGAUCGAAGACCUGAAACACUACACGACUAAUCCUGCUACGCGAUUAUAUCUGGUCAGCUCCUUUGUUUCUAUGCUGGUGCAGAGACUUCUUCACCCUGGCGCCUCAACUGUUCAAAUAUUACAAAUUUAUAUCUCAAUCAUCCGCGCCUUUACCCAGCUAGAUCCACCAGGAGUCCUUCUGAAUCACGUUGCUCGACCCAUUCGAAGAUAUCUACGAGAUCGUGAUGAUACUGUGAAGGUCAUCGUGGGAGGGCUUCUAGCUGACACUGUGGACGCUGAUGGACAGCCUAUCACCUCAAGUGCAGAUACUCUCGUUGAAUUGGCGAUGGAGUUGUCAAAGGCGCAUGAACUUUUGCUUCAGGAUGACUCUGGCGAGCUAGACUGGGAUGACAUGAAUUGGAUGCCAGAUCCGAUUGACGUUGCUACAGAUUACAAAAAGUCCAAAAGCUCCGACGUCAUUGGCAGUUUAAUAAGCCUCUUUGAUACGAAGGAAGCCUUUGUGAGGGAGUUGCAGAAAGUCCUUGGAGAGCGGUUACUCAAAAAGAGCGACAAUUAUGAUCUGGAGGUGUCCUUGCUGGAAUUACUGAAGCUUCGAUUUGGCGAUUCAGCCCUCCAGGCUUGUCAGGUUAUGCUCCGCGAUGUUCAAAGCUCGGAACGUGUCGAUUCAUCCAUCCGCUCAGACCAGAAACUUGAAAAUACAGAGAAAUCUAACAUGCCCGAGUUACACGCUAAGAUCUUAUCCCGUCUUUUCUGGCCCACGUUGCAAAACCCUCAAUUCACAGUUCCUCCAGAAAUUGCCUCGCUGCAACAAAAAUACUCCGCCGGCUUCGAGUCAUUGAAGCAAUCGCGCAAACUCACCUGGCUCAACGGUUUGGGCCAAGUCACCGUGGAACUAGACCUGGAAGAUCGCGUGUUCACGGCCGAAGUCACAACCUGGCAAGCUGCCGUAAUAUACGCAUUCCAAACACCACCUACGUCUCCUUCCCAGCCCGGCCCCGUAACCAAAACCAUCUCCGAACUCUCUCAUCAACUCGAAAUGUCCCCCUCCCUCGCCCGCAGCGCGUGUCUCUUCUGGCUCAGCAAGCGUAUACUCGUAGAGCCGCAACCUAACACCUUCCGAGUCCUAGAAACGAUACCAGACGAAGACGACGGUAAUGGCCCAACACGCACAAGCGGUGAGGCUACCACCGCCGAUCCAUCGUCAACGGGGCCACGCGCACCCGGCCCAUCCGGCCCAUCAUCAACGAACUUUUCCUCCACGAACGCCGUCGCAGCCGCAGAAGCGGCAGAAGCAGCGGCGAGCAAAGAAUCUGCAGACGCUGCCGCGAUGGCGAAGAUGGAUCUGUACUGGCAAUUCAUUGUGGGCAUGUUGACCAACCAGGGCGCGAUGCCGUUGCAACGGAUCAUCAUGAUGCUGAAGAUCGUAGUACCCGGCGGGUUCCCGUUUAGCAGUGAGGAGCUGAGGGGAUUUUUGAGCCAGAUGGUGGCGAAGGGGAAGUUGGAGGUUGUGAGUGGGGGAAGCUAUAAGAUUGUGGCGUAAGCUGUGUGCAUGGUCUUUUGCCAUUGUUUAUAUCUUUUACUGUUACAAUUAUGGGCGGGGGCGUUCCUGGCGGGCCUGCAUUCGAGCACCUUGUUUCUUGUGCUAGGUCAUAAGCGCUGGUUGAUAAUUUGUGUCCUUGUAUUACAUUGGGUGGUAUUACCAUUCUAGCUGUUGAUAUGUUGAUUUUGUUGGCCACCUUCAUUUACAGACUACGAAAUACGUUUUACAAUCGAAAACAUGAUACCCCUUCUUUAAUUCCCUAUUUCGUCUAUAUAAUUUCUUACUCCUCGCAUAUAUAUUCCGCCUGGCAUGGUAUAUGCAGUGUCAGUGUAUACUCGCAAAAUGUUUACAUAAGCACUGAACAUAACUAG